AAGCCCAUACUAUCUGCAAUUUUGGUCGGUAAGACAAAGACUGUAACGAUUCCCUUGUGAAAUCCUGUUGUCUUCUCCGUUGCCAUCGAUUGCAUAAUUCCGAUAACUCAGCUCAACAGAUUGAGAGGCAGAGAAUCAUGAUUGUGAAAAUGGCUUCCUCCGUCGAUUAGGUUACCCCUUCGAGCUCCAGGAUGGACUCGGUUUCAGGUUGUGAAGGUCCUGUCAUUCUGCAGCUGCAGAAGUGGAGUCCUUCACAGUCUCAACUUAACCUCUCAGAGUAUCGCGAAGCUUUUAUUUCUCCUACAAGGCAAAAUUUGUUAUUACAUUCAUACAAAUAUGAAGCUUUGCUUCUUCCUCUAAAUACAGGGGACAUUCGGUGUAGUAAUAACUUCCCAAAUGAAUAUGAUAUCAACUUAAAAGAUUUGGGAUCAUUAGCUUUCUCAGAAGAAGUGUCAACUGCAUCUAGGUCGGAAGAUGCAGAAGGUGAUGUACAAUGCUCUAACAGAUCAGUUAUUGAUAUUGAUAAGGAGUCUCCUACUGGAAACAAAUCUUCUAGGGCUAAUUGUAACAACUUCCUUGGUGAUGUAAGUUCACUUGCUUGGGGGCUUUGUGGAGAUAACUAUAAGAAGCACGAAAAUUCUUAUUUUAUGGAAAUUUUAUUUGUAUCGGGAAAUCAUGGUGUCACUGCUCAUGCUUUUUGCCAACCAAAAAACAUUGUUGCUGAGGCUAAAAAUAUGGUCCAGUCUGAGUUCUGGAAAGGAAGGUGGGUGGAAUGGGGAGCUGAUCCAACAUUGCCUCAAAUUUUGGAGGUCCAAGAACGUUCUGGUUCUUGUGAAACCUUUGGACAUGUCGAUGAAAAUGGGAGGAAUCAGAAUGGGGAAAUGUUGCGUAGUUCAUACUCUGAGUGUGAGAAUGAUGCAUUGUUGUCAGGAAAUAGUGCAUCUAAGAGAUAUUUACAAUCAUUUCUUGCUAAAGUUAAGACUAUUGAAUAUGAAGAUGACAUUUGGACUAUGUACCCGGAAAAAACCUCAGUGCCUUGCUUUACAAAGGUGGUUUCAUUUAAUAUAUUUAAUUAUAACCUGCCGCCACCAAUUUCUGUUGAUGAUUCUUCUGUUAAUGAACAGAGCUGGCAUGAAAUAAUCCUUGGAACACCCAGUAUUAUAAGGUCUACUUCAUCUGACACACGUUUUCUAUCUGACAUUUUAUCCAAUGUAUUUGACAUUGGCACGAAUAAAUCAUACAAAUGUUCCAGAAUAUUUGCUAGCAACUCACAUAUUUUAAUUGGAUUUGUCUUAAAGAUAGUGGAAUCAGUGUCUGCUGAUAAAGGCGAUGAAAUUGCAAGCAGAAAUGAUACUUUAAUUCUUGUUGCUAGAGUUGGAAAUUUGGGAAUUAAGUGGGUUUCUUCUGUUGAAUUUGAGAAAAGCCAAUAUGUUUCACCGACGAUGGAGUGGGCAGAUUUCUGCUUUUCAAAUGACUUUAUCGUUUGUUUAAGCGACUCCGGUUUUAUUUUCAUACACUCUGCCUUGUCUGGCAAGCAUGUUACAUGUAUAGAUGUUUUACAGGCUUGUGGACUCGAUCCUAAGUACUUACAAGAGAAACAGGAUUUGCAAAUGAAACAAGUAGAUCAAGUCCAGGAAGUUGUAUCGUGUAGACGUGGUAGUCUCUACCACACAAGAAAGUUUAGAAGGUUGUUAUUGGAUUCUCUUUCCUCACGUUUUGCUGUGAUCGAUACAUUUGGUGUAAUGUAUGUUGUUUCUUCUGUUGACCGUAUGUUAGAGCACUGUCAUGGAUCUGAAAAUCUGCUUCCACCUUAUCACAAUUUUGAACUUGGGAAGGCUCCAGUUAGUUGGGAGGGUGGUGGUUAUGACAUAGGUUGCCAGAGAAACUAUUCAGAAUCAUUGGGGCCUCAUUCAUGUGGGAAUUGUUCUAUGAAAAAUGAAGGUGCUUCACUUUGGGGUAAUACUAAAUCAAAUGUGCUUCAGAAUAUCCAGGACUCAAAGGUUUAUACGGGGAAAAGAUAUAAGUGCUCUUGUUUAACUGCUUCUUCUCCGAUUUUACAAGAUCAGAAGUCCCAGGGUGGUGAAUUACAGUCUUGCAUGAUGCGGAAGAUAUUUCUUUCUGGUUGGAAAACUAAUGAAAAUGAUUGCUUCUGCUUCUCUCCUAUGGGACUUACUCAAUACAUUAGAAGAUGUAAUAUAAAUGGCCCAAAUUGCUAUCAAGUUGUCCAUUUUGAUUUGCAUCUGAAGUCUGAAGUCCAUGAUGAUAGCUGCUUGAAAUCCCAAAUGAUUUUUAUUGAUGGAAGGAAAAAAGAUCUUGUUGGAGAGGCAAUUGGUUGCACUUCACAGGGAUCUCUUUAUUUGGUGACCAACAAUGGUCUUUCUGUGGUUUUGCCUUCUGUCACUGUUUCAUCAAAUUCUCUGCCUUAUGAGUCUGUUGCCAGGUUGCAACCUGACAGUCUUCUUGGCACUGCUAACCAAGUAAAAGAUUUGGACCUCAAAGAAUCUGUGUGUCCAUGGUCACCCUGGCAAGUUGAAGUUUUGGAUAGGAUUCUUCUAUAUGAAAGCAUAGAUGAGGCAGACCGCCUAUGUUCUGAGAAUGGGUGGGACUUGAAAGUUGUGCGGAUGCGUCGGUUUCAAAUGACGUUGCAUUAUUUGAGAUUUGAUGAACUAGAGCGAUCUCUAGAAAUGCUUGUGGAUGUUGAUUUGGAAGAAGAAGGAAUUCUGAGAUUACUCUUUGCUGCCGUACAUCUCAUGUUCCAAAAAGCUCGUAAUGAUAAUGAUAUUUCAGCCGCAUCAAGGCUUCUUGCACUUGGCACACACUUUGCGACAAGAAUGAUCCAUCAAUAUGGGUUGGCUGAGUUCAAGAGAAAUGCUACUACAUUCAAUGACUUCAGUAGCAGCCAAGAAAUUUCCAUUCUCCCGCAUUUUCCUUUUCGAAUGCAAAAUGAAUUGGAGUAUUCAAGAAAACUUCAUGAGAUGUCUCACUUUUUGGAGAUAAUAAGAAAUCUGCAUUGCCAUCUUAGUUCAAAAUUUAAGAGGCCAUGUCAGGAAUUGGUAGCUGGGGAGGCAUCAAUAUCGGACCAAACCAGUCAGGUGCUGGAUGAACCUCAGUUUGUUUCUACAGAUAUAAUUCCAUCAGGGAGUACAAGUCAAUAUGAACUUUCACUUCCUUCAAAUGAUUUGAACUCUAAUGUCAUGGAUGGUCUUGUCAUGAUGCCGAUGAUUUCUGAAUCCCAAAUGGAUUCAGAAGAUGUAGAUGGAGACUCAGCUGUUGUACCACAAGGAGUCUUUGAAAAGAAAGUCGUCCCGUUGGAGAAUCCUAACCAGAUGAUUGCACGUUGGAAGUCAGAUAAGUUACCACUUAAAACUGUUGUUAAAGACGCUCUUCUCUCUGGCCGUCUUCCUUUGGCUGUUCUUCAACUACACAUUAAUCAUGUGAGAGAAUUAAUUGGAGACGAUGAACCUCAUGAUACGUUUUCUGAAAUUCGUGACAUUGGAAGAGCUAUUGCUUAUGAUCUCUUCCUAAAGGGUGAGACUGGGGUUGCCAUUGCUACACUGCAGAGACUUGGAGAUGACAUUGAAGUUAGCCUCAAACAGUUGUUGUAUGGUACAAUUAACAGAACUUUUCGAGUGGAAAUUGCUACGGAGAUGAAAAAAUAUGGUUAUCUGGGGCCAUUUGACCAAAGGAUGAUGGAUAUAAUAUUACAUAUUGAGAGGCUCUACCCAAGCAGUAAUUUCUGGAAAACAUUUCUGAGCAGGCAGAAAGCAAAUAUGGGAUUCCCAUCACGUUCUAACAGCCCAGGAGAAAAUGAUUUGAAGACAUUACGUUUCCAUUUAAUCAACAAUACUAUCAUUGAUUGUGGUGAGGUUGAUGGUGUUAUUUUAGGUUCGUGGCCCAAUGCAAAUGAGAGCUCUCCUGUCCUGGAGAUCAAUGAAGAUAAUGUUCAUAUGGGAUAUUGGGCUGCAGCUGCGAUUUGGACAAACACGUGGGAUCAACGAACAACCGAUCGUAUAUUACUGGAUCAAUCUUUGGAUAUUGGUACCCACGUGACAUGGGAAUCCCAACUCGAUUACCAUAUAUGCCAUGAUAACUGGGAUGGAGUAUCGAGACUUCUCGACGUGAUUCCUGUUGCUAAUUUGUUGGAUGGGAGUCUCCAAAUAAGCUUAGAUGGUCUACAGACAGCUACAGCAGUUGGGUGCAACAGAGAGUCUUCUUUUUACAGCAAUUACUUGUACUCUCUUGAAGAGUUGGAUGCUAUUUGCUUGUAUAUUCCCAACGCCAAAAUUUUCAGAUUCUCAACCAAUAUUAUGUGCUCCAAAUGGUUGGGUAUGCUCUUGGAGGAGAAGCUUGCAACGCAUUUUAUAUUUCUGAAGGAAUAUUGGGAAGGCACAAUGGAGCUGGUACCUCUUCUUGCUCGUUCUGGCUUCAUUACACACAGACUUGAUGAGAUUGCUUCUGUGGAUGAUCACAUCAGCAGUUUAGUUGACCAAAGUUUCUCAAACAAGGGUGGAGCAUUUUCUGUUGAUUCUGUGCAAGCAUUGUAUAAAGUUUUCAUACAUCACUGUUCACAGUAUAACUUGCCCUUUCUUCUGGACCUUUAUCUGGACCAUCAUAAACUGGUUAUUGAUAAUAAUUCAGUUCGUUCGCUACUGGAAGCUGCAGGAGAUUGUCAAUGGGCAAGAUGGCUACUUCUGUCGAGGGUCAGGGGCUGUGAAUAUGAUGCAUCAUUUUCUAAUGCUCGCUCAAUAAUGUCACUGAAUUUAGUUCAUGAUCCUAACCUCAGUGUACGGAAUAUUGAUGAGAUUAUUUCUACUGUUGCUGACAUUGCUGAAGGAGCGGGAGAAAUGGCAGCCCUAGCAACUCUAAUGUAUGCUCCUUCUCCAAUCCAAGAUUGUUUGAAUAGCAGUGGUGUAAACAGACAUAGUAGCUCGUCAGCCCAAUGUACUCUUGAAAACCUUAGGCCAGUCCUGCAACGAUUCCCUACAUUGUGCCGUGCCCUAGUUACAUCGGCUUUCCAGCAAGAUACAACUUGCAAUUUCUUGGGUCCAAAAUCGAAGAAUGCUUUAUCCGAAUAUCUACAUUGGCGUAACAUCAUCUUUUUUUCUGCUGGACGUGACACUUCACUUUUACAUAUGCUACCAUGCUGGUUUCCAAAGGCAGUUAGGAGAUUGCUUCAGCUCUAUGUUCAGGGUCCUCUUGGAUGGCAAUCACUCUCAGCUUUGCCAACGGGGCAGACAUUAUGGGAGAGGGAGGUUUAUUUUUUUAUGAAUGAUGAUGAGCAUUCUGAAAUCAGUCCAAUCUCUUGGGAAGCAACCAUUCAGAAGCACAUUGAAGAUGAGCUAUAUGAUUCAUCUCUCAAGGAAACUGGACUUGGGCUUGAGCACAAUUUGCAUCGUGGACGUGCAUUAUCAGCUUUUAACCAUCUUCUUGCUGCUAGAGUUCAGAAACUAAAAUCAGAGAUUCAGUCAAGUUCAGCUACUGGACAGUCAAAUAUACAGUUGGACCUACAGACACUUUUUGCUCCUUUGACACCAAGGGAACAGUCUCUUCUUUCUUCUAUUAUUCCACUUGCCAUUACACAUUUUGAGAACUCUGUGUUAGUUGCUUCGUGUGCCUUUCUCCUGGAGCUAGGUGGUUUAUCUGCCAGUAUGCUCCGUGUAGAUGUUGCAACUUUAAGAAGAAUAUCUACAUUUUACAAGUCUGGGCAAUCCUUUGAGAAUUUCAGGCAACUUUCACCAAAGGGUUCUGCUUUUCAUCCAGUACCCCUAGAAUCUGAUAAAAUAGAGACUCUUGCUCGAGCUCUAGCUGAUGAGUAUCUGCACCAGGAAAGUUCAAGUAUUAAAAAACCAAAGGGAACUUCUGAUUCAGAACCUCCAAAACGUUGUCCACAGGUGCUUUUGGUCGUUCUACAGCAUCUGGAAGAGGUUAGUCUUCCCCAAGUGGUCGAUGGAAAUUCAUGUGGAUCGUGGCUAUUAAGUGGCAAAGGUGAUGGAACUGAGCUCAGAAAUCAGCAAAAAGCUGCAAGCCAUUACUGGAAUUUAGUUAUAGUCUUUUGUCGGAUGCAUAGCCUUCCUCUAAGUUCAAAGUAUCUUGCUUUGUUAGCAAGGGACAAUGACUGGGUUGGAUUUUUAACUGAGGCUCAUGUUGGCGGGUACCCUUUUGACACAGUUAUCCAAGUUGCGUCAAAGGAGUUUAGUGAUCCACGUCUCAAAAUCCAUAUAUUAACCGUAUUGAAGGCUGUUCAGUUAAGAAAAAGCCCUGGCCCUUCAUCACACUCUGACACUGAAGAGAAAAAAGGCCGAACCACCUUUUUAGAUGGAAAUAUGUAUAUUCCUGUUGAGCUUUUUACAAUUUUAGCUGAAUGUGAGAAGAAGAAAAACCCUGGAAAAGCUCUCUUGAUAAAGGCAGAGGAGUUGUCCUGGUCUAUUCUGGCAAUGAUUGCUUCUUGCUUCUCGGAUGUGUCUCCAUUAUCCUGUCUUACUGUUUGGCUAGAAAUUACUGCAGCAAGGGAAACUACAUCCAUUAAGGUAAAUGAUAUUGCAUCCCAGAUUGCAGAAAAUGUUGGGGCAGCAGUAGAAGCUACCAAUACUUUGCCAGUUGGGUGUAGAUCGCCUGCAUUUCAUUACUGCCGGAAAAAUCCCAAACGAAGGCGAACCAUGGAUUUUAUUUCUGAGGAACAAUCUGUUGGAGUGAUGUCUGAUAAUAUCGGUGCUUCAACAGGUGCAUCGACUAAUGUUUCAGGUGACUGUAUUGUCAAGGAAGAAGGAAAGAUGGUUCAGGAAUGCAAACGUAUUUCUGUUUCAUAUGAUUCAGAUGAAGCUGCAUCAUCUCUGUCCAAGAUGGUUUCUGUGCUUUGUGAACAGCAACUAUACUUGCCUCUGUUGAGGGCUUUUGAGAUGUUCCUUCCUUCAUGUUCCCUGCUAUCAUUCAUCCGUGCACUUCAGGCAUUUUCGCAAAUGCGUUUAGCUGAAGCUUCAGCCCAUUUAGGUUCUUUUUCGGUACGAGUUAAGGAUGAAGCAAGCUAUUCUCAUUCAAAUGUUGAGGGAGAAGAAAAUAUUGGGACAUCAUGGACUGGGUCCACUGCCAUCAAGGCUGCCGAUGCUGUACUGUCUGUUUGUCCAUCUCCAUAUGAAAGAAGAUGCCUACUGAAACUUCUAGCUGCAACUGAUUUUGGAGAUGGUGGAUUUGCUGCCACAUACUAUCGACGACUAUAUUGGAAAAUCAAUUUAGCAGAGCCUUCAUUACGUAUUGAUGAUGGCCUGCACCUCGGAAAUGAGGCUCUAGAUGAUGCAUCACUUUUAACAGCGCUAGAAAAUAAUGGACAUUGGGAGCAAGCACGCAAUUGGGCAAAGCAACUGGAAGCUAGUGGGGGUUCUUGGAAAUCAGCUAGUCAUCAUGUCACAGAAACUCAGGCCGAAUCGAUGGUAGCAGAAUGGAAGGAAUUCUUGUGGGAUGUUCAAGAAGAGAGGGUUGCAUUGUGGGGUCACUGCCAGGCACUCUUCAUCAGAUAUUCCUUUCCUGCUCUACAGGCUGGAUUGUUUUUCCUCAAACAUGCAGAAGCUGUGGAGAAAGAUCUUCCAGCCAAGGAGCUUCAUGAACUAUUAUUACUUUCCUUGCAAUGGUUAAGCGGGAUGUUUACCAUGUCCUAUCCGGUUUAUCCAUUGCAUCUCCUACGAGAAAUUGAGACCAAGGUCUGGCUGUUGGCUGUAGAAUCAGAAGCUGAACUGAAAAGUGAACGGGAGCUGAACAUCAGUGGCUCCAGCCGGGAAUGUACAACUAGGAAUAGCUCAAGUAUUAUCGACUCAACUGCUAGUAUGAUAUCAAAAAUGGAUAAACAUAUAAGCACAAUGAAGAAUAAAAAUAUGGAUAAACAUGAGGUGAGAGAAAACAGCCAGACUCAUCAUAAAAUUCAAGUUCUAGAUGCUGGUCUUUCAACUGCAGGAGGGGGGAAUACAAAGGCAAAAAGGAGGACCAAAGGUUCCAUGCUACUACGGCGGUCAUUAGUGGACUCUACAGACUUGAACACCAACCCUGAAGAUGGAUAUAUUUCUUCCAAUUUUAAAAAUGACUUGCAGUCACAAGAUGAGAACUCAAAAAUGGACACAUCAUUUUCAGGCUGGGAAGAAAGGGUUGGACCUGCAGAGGCAGAUAGAGCCGUUCUUUCAUUGCUAGAGUUUGGACAAAUUACGGCUGCCAAGCAGCUUCAACAAAAGCUGUCUCCUGGGCAAGUACCUUCAGAAUUCCUUCUUGUGGAUGCUUCCUUUAAGCUCGCAGCUCUAUCAACCCCCAAUCGUGAAGUUUCAAUGUCCAUGCUUGAUGGUGAUUUAAGUUCAGUUAUUCUUUCAUAUGAUAUUCCAGUUGAUCGGUAUCUCAACCCACUGCAGGUUUUGGAAACUUUAGCAACAAUUUUUGCUGAAGGUAGUGGACGUGGGCUUUGUAGAAGAGUAAUUGCAGUUGCAAAAGCUGCAAAUGUCUUGGGACUUUCAUUUUCAGAGGCAUAUAACAAACAACCGAUUGAACUAUUACAGCUGCUUUCUCUCAAGGCACAAGAGUCAUUUGAGGAGGCAAAUUCCCUCGUGCAGACUCACUCUAUGCCUGCUGCUAGUAUUGCUCAAAUUCUUGCAGAAUCCUUUCUCAAGGGCUUAUUGGCUGCACAUCGUGGAGGUUAUAUGGAUUCCCAGAAAGAUGAAGGACCUGCUCCUUUACUGUGGAGAUUCUCUGACUUCUUGAAGUGGUCAGAACUUUGUCCUUCUGAACCAGAGGUUGGGCACGCGUUAAUGCGUUUAGUAAUUACUGGACAAGAGAUACCACAUGCCUGUGAGGUUGAGCUAUUAAUUUUGUCUCAUCACUUCUACAAAUCAUCGGCUUGCCUUGAUGGGGUGGAUGUUCUCGUUGCUCUUGCUGCCACUAGAGUUGAGGCUUACGUAGCUGAGGGUGAUUUUGCAUGUUUAGCUCGACUGAUAACUGGAGUUGGAAACUUCUAUGCCCUUAGUUUUAUUCUUGGCAUUCUUAUCGAGAAUGGUCAACUAGAGCUUCUUCUUCAAAAGUUUUCAGCUGCUGUGAAUACAAGUGCCGGCAGUGCUGAGGCUGUCAGGGGCUUUCGCAUUGCAGUUCUUACAUCCCUCAAGCAUUUUAACCCCAAUGAUCUUGAUGCAUUUGCUAAGGUCUACAGCCAUUUUGACAUGAAACAUGAAACGGCUGCUCUUUUGGAGUCGCAGGCAGAGCAAUCUUGUGAGAUGUGGUUCCGCCGCUACGACAAGGACCAGAACGAAGACCUUUUAGAUGCCAUGCAUUACUACAUUAAAGCUGCUGAAGUUUAUUCCUCCAUUGAUGCUGGCAACAAAACUCGCCGAUCCUGUGCGCAGGCUUCUCUAGUGUCUCUUCAGAUUAGGAUGCCCGACUUUAAGUGGCUCUUCCAGACGGAAACCAAUGCCAGAAGAGCUCUCGUCGAGCAAUCAAGAUUCCAAGAGGCACUAAUUGUUGCUGAAGCUUAUGAUCUCGACCAGCCGAGCGAGUGGGCUUUAGUUAUUUGGAAUCAGAUGCUUAAACCAGAGAUUCUAGAAGAAUUUGUGGCUGAAUUUGUGACUGUGCUUCCACUCCAUCCUUCAAUGUUAGCUGACAUUGCAAGAUUUUAUAGGUCAGAAAUUGCCGCCCGUGGGGACCAGUCGCAAUUCUCCGUCUGGCUAACUGGGGGAGGGUUGCCUGCAGAGUGGGCAAAAUAUUUGGGAAGAUCAUUUAGAUGCUUGUUGAAAAGGACUCGGGAUUUGCGGCUCCGUUUGCAACUAGCUCAACUUGCUACUGGUUUUUUGGAUGUUAUUAAUGCUUGCACAAAAGCGCUUGAUAGGGUACCUGAGAAUGCCGGCCCUCUUGUGCUUAAGAAAGGGCACGGGGGUACGUAUCUUCCGCUAAUGUGAGUUGAAAAAUCAUGGAUGUUUACGACAAUGACGAUAAUGGUGACAACGACAUCAUGUUCACUUUUGUUGAUGCUUGGAAAGAACAACAAUGGUGACAAUGAGAAUGGCGAUAACUCCUUGUGAAUAAUUGGUCAUGGAACUUUACUACCUCUGUCCUGAUUUAUUUGUUGAUGGGAGGGGAGGAUGAGAUGGCCCAAGGAGGAUGUAUAGAGUAGCAAAAUCUGCAAAUCAGUUUAUUUAUUUCGAGAUUCCUGAUUCCUUUUUGUAGCUUUACUUCACAAGUCAGGUCUUUUGAAGCAACAAUCAUAUUAGGUCCAAUCCUAGAGAAGCCUUUUGUAUAUCAGUUUUGUGGGAUCUCUUUUCCAUUAUGCUUAUUGAUUGAUUUUUUUUCACUGUUAUUAUUUUCAUAUCACCUUGAUUUGUAUAAUAUUCAUAUGCAGUUGCAAAUUGUUUAUUUUAAUGGGAAUGUAUUUGUCUUUGUUUGUUU